AUUUCCUCCUCGCAACGGGAAGUGGUAUUCUGGUAACAGCGACACAUUGAUUUUCUUCCCCCACAACAAUAAAAGGGAGGCGAAACCAACAGUCAUACAGAAAUCGUGUCAGAAACUCAAAAUACGUGAAUAAAUCCCGGGUUUUACAGCUGCACGAAGGGCAGCAAUGCUGUCGGACGCAGACUACUCCGGUAAUGCUCCAGGAGCUCGGAGAGCCAAGAAGAGGAGCUCUGGAGAGUCACCAGGCGACGGACAGACCCUGCGCUCCUCUGGGCGGCAGAUCAACGUCCGAGUGAAGCGCACCAACAACCCUCCACCUGGACAGAGUAAAAGAAAAGCCACAGACACUGAAGAAGAGGAUGAUCAGUCUGAGAAGAAGUACAGGAAGUGUGAGAAGGCAGGAUGUUCAGCCAUGUACCCUGUUUGUUUUGCAAGUGCCUCUGAAAGGUGCGCUAAAAAUGGUUACACAUCUCGCUGGUAUCAUCUGUCGUGUGGAGAGCAUUUUUGCAAUGAGUGUUUUGAUCACUAUUACAGAAGUCACAAAGAUGGUUAUGAGAUCUUUGCAUCGUGGAAGAAAGUCUGGACUAGUAAUGGGAAAAGUGAGCCCAGUCUCAAAGCUUUCAUGGCAGAUCAGCAGCUUCCUUUCUGGGUUCAGUGCACCAAGCCGGAUUGCAGGAAGUGGCGACAGCUCACCAAGGAAAUCCAACUCACUGCCUCUCUUGCAGCAACAUACCGCUGUGGAAUGAAGGUCAACAACAUCAAGACUGAGGGACCUGACCAGUGCUCCCAACCAGAGGACUUGAGAGUGGCUGAGGUGACCGACAGCUGGUGGCAUUCAAUGCUGAUUUUGCCCCCGCUGUUUAAAGACAGUCCAGCCAGCCCGUUCCUUGCUGCUUACUACCCUGACUGUGUGGGAAUGAGUCCAUCGGGCUCUCCCAGCACCAUGUCUCUGACCGAGCUGAGAGCGGAUCACUGCAGAGCUGUGCAGCCACAAAUUCCAGGCCUGUGUCCAUAUUUCCAGCCAUUCUAUCAGCCUAAUGAAUGUGGUAAGGCUCUGUGCGUGCGGCCAGACAUGAUGGAGUUGGACGAGCUUUAUGAGUUUCCAGAAUUUUCCCGGGAUCCCACCAUGUAUCUGGCUCUACGUAACCUCAUCCUGGCCUCCUGGCACAGAAACUGUGAGGAGGUGCUGACGUCUCAGAAAUGUGCCCUCCACAUCAUUGUUCGAGGUCUGGUGCGUGUGCGCUGUGUACAGGAGAUGGACCGGGUUCUCCACUUCAUGACCAGGAAGGGUCUCAUCAACACUGGUGUGCUGGCAGUGAAACAGCCUCUGCUCCCGGAGAGAUACUGCUCUAAAAACAUCAUCGUCAUUGGUGCUGGGGCUUCAGGUCUGGCUGCAGCGCGGCAGCUGCAGAACUUUGGUUCAAAGGUGCUGGUGCUGGAAGCGAGGGAUAGGAUUGGCGGCCGGGUGUGGGAUGAUACUUCUCUGGGUCUCACUGUGGGUCGAGGAGCUCAAAUCGUUAAUGGCUGCGUAAACAACCCCAUUUCCCUCAUGUGUGAGCAGAUGGGAAUCAAGAUGCACAAGCUUGGAGAGCGUUGUGAGCUCAUUCAGGAGGGAGGACAGACUACAGACCCGGCCAUCGACAAGCGCAUGGACUUCCACUUCAAUGCCAUCCUGGACGUGGUGUCGGAGUGGAGGAAAGACAAGUCACAGAGCCAGGACACACCGCUGGGAGAAAAAGUUCAAGAAUUAAAGAAGAACUUUCUUCAGGACUCUGGGAUCCAGUUCAGCGAGCUGGAGGAGAAAGUGCUUCAGUUUCAUCUCAGCAACCUGGAGUACGCUUGUGGAAGUACAUUAGACCAGGUAUCGGCCAGAUCCUGGGACCACAAUGAAUUUUUCGCCCAGUUCUCAGGAGAUCACACUUUGCUGACGGAGGGCUACUCCGUUUUACUCCACAAACUGGCUGAUGGCCUCGACAUCCGCACAAAGACUCCGGUUCAGGCCAUCGACUACUCAGGUGAUAUUGUCAAAGUGACUUGCUCUGAUGGUUCCCAGUGGACGGCACAGAAGGUCCUUGUUACAGUCCCUUUGACUUUGCUUCAGACUAACGUGAUUCAGUUCAAACCUCCACUUCCUGAAAGGAAACUGAAAGCGAUCCACAGUCUCGGAGCUGGUAUCAUAGAAAAGAUGGCUCUUCAGUUCCCGUACAGAUUCUGGGACAAAAAAAUCCAAGGAGCAGACUACUUCGGUCAUAUCCCUCCAGGUCCUGAGAAGAGAGGCAUGUUCAGUGUCUUCUAUGACCUGGAUCCUCAGAGGAAACAGGCCGUGCUGAUGUCCGUCAUCUCUGGCGAUGCUGUCCCUGCUGUGCGGGACAUGGAGGACAAGGAGGUGGUGAAUGAGUGCAUGAAGGUCCUGCGUGAACUUUUCAAAGAGCAGGAAGUCCCUGAGCCAACAAAUUUCUUCCUCACACAUUGGAGCAAAGACACGUGGUCCCAGAUGUCCUACAGUUUUGUGAAAACAGGAGGCAGCGGGGAGGCUUACGACAUCCUUGCUGAAGACGUGCAGGGAAAAGUGUUUUUCGCUGGCGAGGCUACCAACCGACACUUCCCUCAGACUGUGACAGGAGCCUACCUCAGCGGGGUCAGAGAAGCCAGCAAAAUGGCUGCUGCAUAACCUGUCAGUCCCACAAGACUCCCAAACACACCAGCACAGUCUCCCGGACUGCACUGAGCAGCAGACCUUUGAUAAACUCGGGACUGCGGCGCCUGAAUCGCUCCACUUGAAAAGAUGUUUAGCCGUUCCAGGGUUAAGUAGAGGCUCCCCGGGGCUUGGUUCUACAUAUUUAACACAACAAAGACUUCUGAAGUGCUUUUUAUUUAUAUCAAAAUCCAUCAGGUAAGAGGUUAUCUUCUGGUGAAGAGAUGCAACUAAAACCUACUUGCAAGUCAUAAAUGAUUGAAAAUCCUUAUGUAGCUUUGCCUGAGCUCCACUGUGCUAGGAAGCAGGGCCAUGUUGACUUCACACGUGUUUGGACUUCUGUGAGAGAAAUUUCAAAAAAAUAGGCUGCAUGAGACAUUGGUAAUCUCCAUCGUGUGAUCCAGAUUCAACGGUAUAUUAUUGCUUUCCUAUUUAAAGAUCAGACAUUUUUUUGAGGUUUCUGACAUUUACAAGAUCUUGUUUGAGAGUUACCAAUGUUUUAUACAGCUGUAAUGUUUUUGAAUUGUAGGAAAUAUGUUGUUAAAAAAAGAUACACCUGAAUGAAAGGAUGUACACUAGGAGUAUUUCUGUGGUAGCACUUUUGAU